GGCCCCUCCCCUUUGAGCGCUGUCUCUUCCGAUAGGCUCUGCUCCCCGUCACUCACGCUCUAUUUUCCAGCUGUCGCAACUCCAGGUUUGUGUGCGCCUCACACCGGACUAGACGGUGCGAUCAUCUGGAAAUAUUUUCACUCCGUCGAUGUUUUUUUUUUUUCUUUUCUUUUUUUUUGUUGGGGGGGUGGGGGGAUCCCACACCUGUGUCAUGUUGUUCCGCCAAAAAAUUUCGGCUUUAAAUAUCACUGAACCCCAAUCGGAUGCAAAGAAAUGAGUGGUGAAAUCAGCGCGUGGAUUGUAAAUAAAGAUUCCGGCUAGCUAGCAGCUUAGCCCACCCAAUUAAGCUAGUUAGUGCGUUUAGCUAAUUAACUUUUCGGGUUUUAGAUCCUCAAAAUCAAAUGUUUGCACUGCAGUGAGUGUUAUAUAUACACGCAGCAUUUCUAAAAGCGCAUAUGGCUGUCUCCUGCCACCUGUCGCCGCCGUGUGUUAGCUAGAGAUCCGGGCAGCUGAUGGACAGUGUUGCGGUGAAUCUGGGCACUGGGGCGGUUAGCUUAGCGAGACAGCAAAGGACAACACGGAUGUCGUGGCAGGCAAGUUUGUCCCUUCGGGACUCUAGUUGGUAGUGAUUACAGAUCCUAAAUACAGGGUUUGAGCUGGUCUGAUAGUAGGGGAGACCUUUAGAUUCACAUCUGGCCUCCAAUCUCAUCCAGUGUUUGGCCUUGUUUAAUAGAUCCGUUUGUGUGAACAGGCUGGGCUAUUUUGCUUCAUCGAUUUACGUCUACUAUAAGGCAUUUUUAAACCACAUUCCCCCAGAUCCACCCUGUUCCUCUUUCGACACUGUUGCAAAGGGAAGCGGGUCGUAGAAGUGUGUCAGAUCAGGGUUGGGAUCUCCAAACGCCGUGGUGAUGACUCUGGAGUCCAUGAUGGCCUGUUGCAUGACUGAAGAGGCGAAGGAGUCCAAAAGAAUCAACGCCGAGAUCGACAAGCAGCUCCGGAGAGACAAACGAGAUUCGAGACGAGAGCUCAAACUCCUCUUACUGGGCACGGGCGAGAGCGGCAAGAGUACAUUCAUUAAACAGAUGCGGAUCAUUCACGGGACCGGUUACACCGAUGAGGACAAGCGUGGCUUCACCAAACUCGUCUACCAGAACAUCUUCACCUCCAUGCAGGCCAUGAUCAAUGCCACCUGGCACCUCAAGAUCCCGUUCGAGAACGAAAAUAACAAGAACAAUGCUCUGCUGGUGCGAGAGGUCGACGUGGAGAAGGUUUGCUCCUUCGACCAGCCCUAUGUUAAUGCAAUAAAGAUGCUCUGGGCGGAUCAAGGCAUCCAGGAAGCCUACGACCGCAGGCGAGAGUACCAGCUUUCUGACUCCACUAAAUAUUACCUUAGCGAUUUAGAGCGUAUAUCGCUUCCGGGAUACGUGCCCAGCCAACAGGAUGUGCUGAGGGUCCGAGUGCCCACUACUGGCAUCAUAGAGUAUCCCUUUGACCUGGAGAAUAUAAUCUUCAGCUAUCUAAGUGAUUUGGACCGUAUCGCAGACCCGUCGUUUCUGCCGACUCAGCAAGACGUGCUUAGGGUUCGCAUCCCUACUACAGGGAUUAUUGAAUAUCCCUUCGACUUGCAAAGCAUCAUUUUCAGGAUGGUGGAUGUCGGAGGGCAAAGAUCAGAGCGCAGGAAGUGGAUCCACUGCUUUGAGAACGUUACGUCUAUCAUGUUCCUGGUUGCCUUGAGCGAAUAUGACCAGGUCCUUGUGGAAUCUGACAAUGAGAAUCGCAUGGAGGAAAGCAAAGCGCUGUUUCGCACAAUCAUCACCUACCCCUGGUUCAUGAACUCUUCAGUCAUUCUGUUCCUGAACAAGAAGGACCUUCUGGAAGAGAAGAUCAUGUACUCUCACCUGGUGGACUAUUUCCCUGAAUUUGAUGGUCCCCAGAGAGACGCCCAGGCUGGCCGCGAGUUCAUCCUGAAGAUGUUUGUGGACCUGAACCCAGACAGCGACAAGAUCAUCUACUCGCACUUCACCUGUGCCACAGACACCGAAAACAUCCGCUUCGUCUUCGCGGCCGUCAAGGACACCAUCCUGCAGCACAACCUGAAAGAGUACAACUUGGUGUGAGAGAGAAACCAAACGAGAGCGAGAUACCUGCAGCGCACACAUGGCCGAAAGCACUACACACUUCACACGCAGAAACACAUGAACGGAAACCGUUCGGACACAUCUUCACCCCCAUCAGGCACUGGAUCUUCUCAUAGUCCUCAUCUUUGCCUGUUUUUUCCUCUCUUUCUGAGUGUCGACCCCUCCAGCUGAUAGCUUUAUCAUCCAAUCUUCCUCAAACACGAAAGCUGGACCCUUAAACCGGUGCCUGAUGAUAAAGAGCAUUCGUUUGCUCUGUAGAUGGGCUGUAGUUGGGCUCUACCUGAAUGAAACUGAGGUAGGAACUUAAUGGAAACACUUGGAGACUCAAUGAGUGGGCGACAUUCUUGAAGGACUUCACCUUGCAUUACUGAAUUUAACCAGGUGAUAGUUGUGCAAUCACAUGCUAUAACACUAGAGGUGGAGGUGAUUUGAUUUAAUACUAUUUUAGGAGUGAAGUAUAGAGAUUUCCCAUCACUGCUUGGAAGAGAUGGCACACCAUGUGAAUUUUUCGUAAUAAGUGACAGAUAAUAUUAGUAAAAAAAUUUUUUUUUUCUUCAAGCGUUCAGUUUUCCCUAAAAUGUAUCCACAUAACUGAUCAUUCAGGUGGCUGUUUCCUCCAGUCUGAUGUUUGCCAGUAUUGGGUUUUUAAUCAGUAUAAUUAAAGGGAUCCAGCUAGUAUUCAAAGAUAUUUACUGAAAGAUUGUGAUUUGUUUACAUGCUUUGUUACAUUGGUUUUGAAUCUUUGACCGAAGCAAUCAAAUAAACGCCUUUCCUAGACGAUUCAUUCAUGCUUUUACUCCGUAUAACAUUGAGAUAUGAAUAUCCAGUGAUGUAAAUGUUCGUAAACUCAUUUGGAACUCAGUGCAAAAAUGCUAUAUAUGGUGAAAUCGAUUUUAGUUUUUUUAUUUAUGUAAUUUAUGGACCAGAUAUGUAAUUUAGUCCGACUCACUUUUCCAUCGGUAAUUGAGUCUCUACUGCUGUAAAAAAAAAAUUCCAUUGGUAAGUGAUCUUUUCUUUUUGGUAUUUCGUAAAUCGAUUGUCGCCGUUCUUUUCUUAUAUUUGAAAUGCUUGAGAAUGGGAAGCUGAAGUUCCAUUUCAUCAAUGUCGCUUUAUGCAAAUAGGAAAUUGAGAAUUUUAUCAGUGGUUGAAUUCUUAACUGGUCUCUGCUCGCGUUGUUUUUUGAGAGUUCGCUCUUGGUUUUGUAGUACCAUAUCUUAAUUCUCGCUUGAUUUAGCUUUUUAGAUUCCAUAGCUAGCUGGCUUUUUUUGAGGGGGGUGGGGUGGGUCUUUACGAUGUAAUCCCAGGUGAGUUUUCAUACUUUUCAUUACAAGGGCUAAUAGCGGGCGAAGAAUGAAAGGACUCUAUGAAGACAAUAGAGCAAUAGGUACGCCGAAGUGGGUAUCUGAAUCAGGGACAGCGCGGGGGACACCACGGGAGUUGCCAUUUUCCAUGGGUUCAGCUUGCAGUGCAUCCAAGGAGCACCUUCAGAGACCCUCAGAAAAUGUAUGCUAUUUUUUUUGGUCGCUAGUCAAGCGACUUCAAAUUGAUCGUUUUGAUUUUGUAUGUUAGGAAUAAGGUAUGCGGUGGUGUCACGUGUUUCUCUUUGCCAUGUUUGGUUUUGGGGGUCAUGACGGUAUCGUGUACUCAUUUAUCUGAAUUUUUUUUUUUUUUUUGCCUGACUGGCUAUGAAUUAUUUGCACAAUAGCACUCCUACAAGUCUUAUUGGUUUUGUUCGUAUUAUAUAAACAAAGCCUGAGAGAACCUGAAUUUGCGUAAAUCACAACAUCUCGCGUAAUGAUUUAGCGAAAUAUUUGAAUCGCAAUAGUCAUUUGAUGGCGCAAUUUUUUUGUAAACCAGUAAUUGAAUGUAUUGUAGGAGGAUUCCUUUUUUGAGACUAAUUAUGUUGGAAGUGUCGUUUUGAAGGUUAUACUCAAUUUUCCCUGUAUAUUUGCAGUUUUGUUGCAUUUAAUCCUAUAAUCCUUCUUUGCGUAUACAUUUGGACCUUUUAGUGCAUUUUACGAAUUGUUUGCCAAAUUAACUUUUUUUUUUUUUUUUUUUCUGUUUUUACCUAGAUCCUCUCGUACUAGGCCAGUUAAACUUUAAGCAUUUAUUGUUUAUUUAGAUUUUCAAACAUCUAGAUUUGCAUACCGUCUUUCUUCUGGGUAGGGCUUCACACUUCAAUUUAAACUGUUUACUUGGGUGGGAUGGUACUGUCAAUCAUCAUGCCAAUUUCAAACUGUUUCGUUGUCGUACCAAUAGUGGACCUGCAAACUUACAAUGUUUUUUUUCUGAACACAUGAACAUUUAAAGCUUUUGGACAUACAGCUUUCAUUUUAAAGGGCUUAGCCUAAUCUGAGAAACACCUUUCUUUAUCCAACAGAAACACUACAACCAGUCAUUUCGUACCCCUUAAGUACCACAAAACAUCAGAAUACAUUGUACAGAUGGUAAAAAUAUCAUAGAUAUCCUGUUCUGCUGGUGUUCAAGGGGAAUUUUUGGUCAUUCUCAACGAUUUGUGAUAUAUUUUUCCUCCCUGGGUUGAUGCACUGAACCUAAUCUGCAGUAAUGGAACGAACUCCACUCGUGUGACGUAUCUGUUCCUACAAACUUGUUUUUGGUACUCUGAGUUGCAGACACUAAUGAUUAGAAAUGAUGCUUUCGCUUGAGGUCCACAUUGACGUGAUGGAUGUGAACAAUAUGAAGCUAUCUUUACCUUUUUUUUUCUUUUCUAAUGUCGAUGCAUUACCUGAACACUUGUAUGUAGGACAUUUUAAUAUAAUACACUUGUUUUUGAUAAAACGGAUAAAAUAAACUUGUGUAGUGGUGUAUAAAAUCAAAGUAUUGUAAUACUUUGUAAUGUAUUUCUUGUUCGGUUGGUUGCUUUUUUUUUUUAUUUUUUUUUUUUUUUUAUAAAUAUAAAGGUUACCAAAUGUAAAUUAUGUACUAUAUUGAGUGUGCCAAUCCCUUUGAUUUGUAGAGCCAGACUCUUUACAAGUGCCAAUGUUGUGGAAAUCAUUUAAAAAGGACUUGUGUAUUUUAUGGUCCGGUUUUUAAAAACAAAUAAACAUUAAGUAUGUGAUUUAUGGUAAGUGCGCAAUAGGAAAAGGAAAAUUUUAUUCUGUAUUUAAGAUUAAAGGUGACAAACUGCUGUUUUUAAAAGAAAUUCAAUUUUAAUUGCAUGUGUUUGUUUUCGGUGGAAAGGGUUGGGUAAAGGAGAAUCCAUAUUAACACGAAACCCUGCUGACAAGGGGAUUAAAUAUUGCUCAUUUACAGUAUUUUAGACCUAUUUCUCUUUUUGUAUGUUUCAUUUCAACCACUUUUGUCUGAACCUCAUUCAUGCAUUGAAAUUACUUUCAUAGCUUUCUCCUUUAAAAAAAAAAAUCAAUUUUAAAUUGGAAUAAAAUUUGUUCCUAUAUGU